AUGUGUCGAUUGCACGAGAGUCUUCUGCCGGCGGCGGUAGCCCAGAUGCUGGACGGGGACCGGACCGGAUGGCGGGACGACAAUCAGGACUUGCCGCUCUUCGCCUGUGGGAUCAGCCUCGUCGUCCGUCCCUACAACCCAAUGGCCCCGACGGUCCAUCUCAACUGCCGCUACUUGGAGGUCCUCGACCCUCAUUCCCAAGACAAGCGCACCAACCCCAAGGUGCGGUGGUUUGGCGGAGGAGCCGACCUGACCCCCUCCGAUCUCUUGCCAUGGGACCCAGAUGCCCAACACUUCCACACACUCCUCAAAACUCUGCGAUAA